ACAGAUAUAAUGAUUAUGCUACGGGUCUGUGCAAAUAAAUACAAAUAAAUAAAGAACGUGUUAUUUUUCAUUUUUUUCUUUCAAUAUUACAUUCAGUUGCUUUACAGAUUUUUUUAAAUAUCUUUGAAUCAAAUCGUAUAAUAAUAUUGUGAAUUUGAUGUUCUUGAAAAAAUUUAGAACUAAGCGUUGGUUCCCAGCAAUUGAAGGACAUUAUUUUUGAAACGUUUCACGAUUACUUUGAAAUCACGUGACUAAUAAUUAUGGUACAUUUGUAUCGUAACGAUUGCAUUUGCGUUAUAUGUAUGUGCGUUACUAUUCUAUUUGCUGCUUAUAUAUUUAUUAGUAUUAUUAGAUUGUGGACUUUUAGGCGAAUGAAAAUGUUUUCAGUUAAUUAUAAUUAAAGACAUGGAAUUACAAUAAAAUGCGUCGUAUUCUACGUACGCACGUGUUCUUCUUUAUCGAUGUUUAGACGCACAGGGAUAACUUGUAGGAGGUGUACGUGUACGAUAUGUAUAUUUGAUACAACAACGGUAAAACUUGUACAAUGUGAUAACAAAGAAAUUAUUGUAGAUUAUUCGCAGGCGCUGUUUCCGCUUUUCCUUGGAUGCGUUUGGAAAUGGCAAGUAUCGUCGCAUGCUUUCUACGUAUGUACAUAUGUGUAUAGGUAUAGAAAUUUCAGCCUACUUCGCACUUCAGUUCGGAAGCUUCGCUUCUUUGAUCAAGUCCGUUGACAAUGUUUAUGUUUGGAAAUAGCGAGUAAUGGGAAAGUGACUUUAUACGCAAUGUUUAUACGAAUUACAAGCCUCUGAUAAAAAUACUUGAAUCUCGGAAAUAUAUUUUGCGUAAGGUUACCGUUUGAUCAAUAUAAAUAAGGAAAAAUAUGGAUGUGAUAAAAAAAGAUCUACAUAUACCAGUGAAAUAUAUGAAACUAUCGGAUGGAAGAAUUUCUUUGACUGUACAUAAAAACUGGGUAACCAAUUUACAUACCAUAGGUCCAAUUUCAUUUAUCAAUCAUGACAAGUUAACGGAAGAUGAAAUCGCAGCACAACCCAUUCUGGAAGAAUUGGGUCCAAAUUGGACCAGAGUAUAUGCCAAAGUUUACGAGAAAGAGCAUAAAUACGCGAUACCGCUCCUGAGGGGAAGACAUUUGACGGAUAGGAAUACGCAGUCCGACUUGACAUUUUCCCAAUUAUUACAUUACGUUAUGGAAACGAAUUACCGUAACUCGUGGAAAGAAUGUUACAAAAAGUAUUAUAAUCCAUGGAACUGUGUGGAACACAAGGAUCAGUAUAAUAUAACUGUUAACGUAAGCGAUACCUCCAUCAUGCAAGAAGUAUUGCAAAGAAUGUACGGUUGUAGUUUGGUGCAAAUUCAAAAUGGCUUGGUUUUAUCCGUUUUACCCGGUGUAACGACCGUGGCGCACUGUAAUCUUCUUCCAACGUUGUUCGCUAUUGAAACGGCAUCCGCUUUUAUAACGUUGCACGAACAAAUCGCGGAAUAUUCUCUUCGUGAGUGUGUCAUGUAUAGUCCUGCCGCUUUAAAUAUGAGUCACGGAAAAUCGUUAUUUUUAGUCUAUCAACUGUUGCAAUUGUAUAAAGAUUUACACGACCGUGGACUAGUUUUAGGUGAAGUUACCCUUAGCGAUAUAUUAAUUAUGGAUAAUUUUACUAUUCAGGUAUUGCCAAAAUUAAAUGAUAAUAUACAUAUAAAACCUGAAAAUCCAGUUCACAAAGUUUCUACUAAUCACGAGAUCAAAUGGAAAAAUUUCAGUGUGUACAAAAAAAAUGCCGAUAUAAUUUCAUCGAGCGCUAUGUUGCAAGGAAAUUCUGCGUUUGGAACCGAUGAGAGUAUCGAGAGAUUAUGCGAAAUGUGGGUGUACAAUUGUAUUAGCAACUACGAUUACUUAACUGCCUUGAACAAUAUGGCUGGUAGGAGAUACGGAGAUCCCAGUUGCCAUCACGUGAUGCCUUGGGUCACGGAUUUUACAUCGAGAUGCGGUGGCAACUGGCGAGAUUUAACCAAAUCGAAAUUUCGAUUAAACAAGGGUGACAGACAAUUGGAUUUAACGUUUGACUCGCAGUCUACUGAAGUAGGUCACCACGUUUCGGACGUAUUGUCGGAAAUUACAUAUUACGUUUAUCUCUCGCGACGUUACGACAAGUCCGUUCUAUGCAAACACGUACGAUCGCAAUGGGUUCCAGGAGAAUAUCCCGCAUCUAUACAGAGAUUGCACGACUGGAGUCCGGACGAGUGCAUACCGCAAUUCUUUUCCGAUCCCAACGUUUUCAAGUCUAUUCACGAAGAUUUACCAGAUCUAGAAAUUCCCGCGUGGGCAACAUCGCCGGAAGAUUUUAUAGAGAAACACAGAGAAGCUUUGGAAAGUUUCUACGUGUCCGAGAGAUUACAUCAUUGGAUAGAUUUAACUUUCGGUUACAAGUUAUCUGGCUCAGCUGCGGUCAAAUCGAAAAACGUUUGCUUGCAUCUCGUUGAUAAUCAUACGAGUUUAACCAACUCUGGGGUUGUUCAACUUUUUACGCAACCGCACCCCCAAAAGAUUAUUCCUUCGCCUUAUUGGUCUAAAAUUCCACCCCGAUUACGUUCGUCUUUUGUGCUGAAUAAGCAUAAGAACGAUCAAUGCGGGAAUAGAGGUAGCGACGACGAAGGUCACAGCUCCGGUUUCGAGGAGGAAGAAAUACCCGGCUCAAUGUUAAAUCCGUCUAAAUCGUCGCCUUUGGUUUUAAGUCGAUUGCUCAGUCGAUCUCGAGGCUCUUUGCUGUCUGCCGAAGAUAUUAUCAAACAAGAGAAAUCCGCCAAUCAAACGAUAAAUCUUCCAAAAGACUAUAAUCCGGUUGCAGCCAUUACUCAAGUGGAAACUAUGCACGCGUUUAUGAAUAAAGUGAGCUCUCAAGUUUACAAGCCGGAAAUCGAGUUGCACGAGUCGUGCGUUAAUUACAAACAAAUUGUGGCUGGUGGGCGUAUUAAAGAACAACAAAUACUAGGUUGCUUAAUCGUGGAAAUAUUCUUGUCCAAUAAAUUUCGAGCUACAUGGAAUCUGGAGAAGGUGUCAUUUUCGAAAAGACUUGCAGCGUGUUUAAAUAUUUUAAGAAUGUCGGCCGACAGUUUACCGAAAUGUGUGAGAAACGCGGUUGCUUUACUGUUGCAAGCUGACAUUAUGCCGAAAAGUUACAAUAUCGAUAAUGUGGAUGCAAUGGACACACCUUUCCGUUAUCCGACCAUUACUAACAUGGGUCUACCGCCACCGUCUGCCCACCAAUUUCUUCAACCGAUACUUUUUGGAAGUUUAUUGCCAUUUUCCAAAUAUUAUAAAUAUCUAUUUAAUAUCGUAGAGAUGUUACAAGAGUACAAUAGUUUGGUACGCGAGUUAAAUUUUAUAAUAAAGUCGGAAGACGAUUUAGAUUUUACGGUUAAAACGAGAAUGAGAUUUUUAUGUAAAAUCAGCGAGUGCAAAGUUAAAGCAAUUGCCAGGGAAUUGGAACAUCUUUUGUCCCACAUUGGAAUUGCCAGAGAAGCCUUGGAAUUGAUAAUGCCUCAUAUACAGCAAGUAAUGGAAGAAUCUUACAGUGCUGUUCUAGCUGCUUGGUAUUUGUUCGAUCCUAUCGCCAAAGCAUUGGGCCCCAAAGAUACUGCAGAGACGUUCCUCUCGCCUAUAAUGAAGCUAUACGAAUACGGGUCCUUCAUGGAUAACUCGUUAUACGCUGACAUACUACCUUCUGGAUUGGUUGCAAAAUUUAAAACUACGCGUCUAUAUCAUAGAAACUUUUUGCUAAAACUUACCGUAAGAAUGGGUUUACGUCGCUAUUUGGAAAAUUUUAUUACGCCCCUGGUGGAGGCAGUUGGAGGAUACAGAGACUAUGUACAGGGAUCUUCGACUUGUACUCACAAAACCGGCAAUCUUAAGAGUUGCGACUUGAAUGAAAUUUCUACCGACGGAGAAGGAAUUUUAUCACCUUUGGACGAAGAUUCUUCCGCCGGUUCGGAACAUAUUUCCCUGUCGCCUGGUCCUGUGACAACCGAUUACACGCAGAACACGAAUCUGACCGAUAACGAUGUCGAAGAGAUGUUUGCCAUGGACACGGAAGACAAUUCUUCUAGGCUUCCUAUGAAUUCUGGUGCAGCGUACGAUAUUGACUUGCAUAUAGAUUUGAACUUGAACCUUGGCGAUGAUUUAAACGAAGAGGGAAACAAAAUUUCACCGCUCAGAUCGAUUAAAUCGCCAACGAUUCCUAUACCGAAAUCAUCCAAUUCGCGAAAUAAAUUGGCAAUGGAAUUUAGCAAUGCUGGAUGCAACGUGGGAAGUAAAACGUCCAACGAAGAAUAUUUAUACAACGAUUCUUACGAUGGAUUUAUGGAUUCCGUGAGCAACGUGGAGGAAAUGUAUAACGUGGAAGAACACCAUUCCACGAUGUUACAAACGGAUGACGCUAAAUCUGAUACUUGCGUACAUAAAGAUGUUCAAAUAGAUCAGAUUUAUCAAAAGUCUGUAUCGAACGAAUGUACAACUUCGGAAAUGAGUGCAGGAUCUAUUAUUUGGUUGUCUCAUCGGCUUGGCCCCGUUCUCACCGCUAGAUAUCUGUCACGAAAUUUAUUGAGAAUGCUCGCCCUAUGUUACACGGGAGAAGAGAAUUUAACGGCAAUCGAUAAUACCGCGUUGUCCGUGCAAGGUGUUACUUGGAGUAAAAAAGUGUUGGUUGGUGACCGUAACGCUGUGAAAGUAUUGGAAUCGCUUACAGCCAUUGCAGAUUUGUACGGGGAACAGAUUAUAGUGCUACAAUACUUUGCACACAUGGUCGAAUUAAUAGCUCUCUGCAAAAGAAAGUUGACACAGAAUUUAGAGGGAGGACUGAUUUCGUGCUUGACUCUUCUAAAUCAUAUCACGACGUACCUUAACGAUGCAACUUUAAUGGAUUGCCUUCACGAGCCAGUUGUGAAAACGAUACUUUAUCCCACGGUUCGUAUAUUGUCGUCUACAAAAUUUACUUUCCCUAAUGGCAUAGUCGCCCGCACCGUGCUGGCAGAGAAAUGCCUGGAGAUUAUAUUUAUGUUCAGUUUACGGCUCGGAAGUGUUGUCAUAAAAAAUCAUCUGGCAGUUCCUAUUCAGCGAUUGUUCUUAGCUUUCGAAAAAUCUUUCAGUCCGAAUGUUACAGGAGGCUCGAAGAAUGAAAUUAGUCAGAAAACUGUGACCGAUCAGAUGUCGAGGACGCAAGGAGCGAACGAGGAGAGCAAAGAUACUCGCGGAUUCCAAUCAAAUUUUAAUUCGGAUGUCGCAGAUUCUUAUUCUCCGCCGGUUAUAGAAAAUAUGGACAUAUCGGAUUAUCAGAAAAAUAAAGCACUCGAAGAAUUGAAAGCAGUAUUUACAAUAGAAUUUGCGCACAAAACCUACACGCUGUUUUAUAAGUGUAUCGACACCGAAGUGAUGGAACAAAUACUUAAAAAUUAUGGACACAUACAUCAUUUGUGCCAAAAAUAUGAACAAGAUACCAAAAUGAACACAUCCAAUACUGACAGUAUAGGUGGAGUUCAUCAAGAAGUUUCGAAUUUUGGAAAUGUAGCGGUAGUGGGAAAUAGAUUCGCGAUACAAAAGAACAGUGUCGGGGAUUUUACAACGACGGAAAAUCGAGAACCUAAUUCCUCGUAUACUGGAAGACAGCUGCGAGGGAAUUGGUUGGCGUACUGGGAACAUGAAAUCGGAAGAUCCGAUAAAGAUGUGACAUUUAAUAUAAAGCAAAUAAAACUUCAAUCGUUUAGCGGUCAUACGAACAGUAUUAGAUGUUUGUACGUGUUGGAUAAUGAAAACAGCUUUAUAAGUGGUGGACGCGACAAGACUGUAAAGUUAUGGAGUUUAAGAAGUCAGGGUGACGGUAAUACUGUUUCGUCUUGCCAGUACACUUAUACCGGGCAUAAAAAGUCCAUUCUCGCUCUUACAUUUCUGGAAUCGCUAAGAUACGUAGUCACUUGCGAUGGCACGGUUCACUGUUGGGAUCCUUUCAUGGGAUCUCUUCUCGGAUGUCCAGAAAAUUCUCGCCCUGUGCCUGUAAACACGUUAAUAGCGAGUCCCUCUCCGUCUACGACGUUACUUGCGGGAACAACCGAUAUUACCCUGAGAGUUAUCGAUUGCAGAACCUUUCAAUAUGUCAACGAAAUGAAGGUGUCCGUGAAUCCAACAGGUUUGAUCAGAUGUAUCGCGGUAGCGCCUAGCGGUUACUGGGUAGCGUUAGGUCAAGCAUCGGGUUUCUUAACAGUUUUAGACACUCGAACCGGUCUUAUCAUAGCAUCUUGGAAAGGACACGAAUGCGAAAUACUACAAUUGGAAACGAUAAAUGAAACCACUAUAGUUAGUUCUUCGUUGGAUGAGACUAUCGCUGUAUGGAGCGCAGUGGAUGGGAAACUGAAAUUCCAUAUGAAGGGAGCUACCGAGCCGGUUCAUUGCAUGUCCACUUACGAACAAGAACUGGUUAUAGGAACAACGGCAAAUCGUGUGGGAGUAUUUACGUCUAUCGAGGCGACAACCGCAUUUUCAUCGUCGAAACUAAAAUCCGAUACUUUUAAAGGACUUCUCACUACAAUGGCGAUACUUCCCCUUAAUCGGUUGCUGCUAUUAGGCGCAGAUAAUGGCGGUAUUACAUUAAUUUGUUAAAUCUUACGUACGAAUCAUUUAGACAAGUAUGUAUGUAAAUCCAAGUAAAAAUUGUACAUUUUUAUUAACUUCGAUUAUAUAAAUGUUCGCUACAUAAAAGAAUAUCUCUUUAUAUGUAGGCGAUAUCGGUUCUCGUUCCGAGUACUUUUAAAGCAAGUUUAGGAGACAUUUUAUGAACGCCGAUAUCCGCUAGUAUCUCUCUUCCCAUAGACUCAUCGUUGCUGUUUAAAGCUUCGAGUAAUAACAUUGCUGAACCCAACAGAAUGUUUAGUAAAAUGCAUGCUUCUUUAAUUCUAGAAAGUAAUUAAAAGCUUCAUUCUGUUAAUUAUUCGAGUGGUUUAGACACUUGGGUGUAUGCAAUUUUCUUAGAAUAUAGAUUCUUGAUAUUUUAUCGCUAUAUUAUUUUCGUGGAGUUUGCAUACGUAGCCGAGUACACAGGUGUAUACUUACAGUGGAAAAUACGAUUCUGGCUUAUUGAUGUAUAAGCCGAAUAAUGGAAACAAAUUCCUAAAAAUGUCAUAUUCUACUUGCUCCGCACCGCCUCUAUUGAAAUGAUUUACCAAAAUAACUUCUUCUAAAAGGAACUGUAAGAGAUACGAUACUUUCUAGAUUAAUGCUGUACGCAAUGUUGAUUACACGUUUCAAAUGUUGUCUUACUUGAUCGAGUUGUAAGGCCAAGUUUUUCCAAGCCUGAUUGAAUAGGGGUAACGCGAGUGUGUUGUACAACUGAUUAAGUUGGGUCGCCAAUUCUUGAAACAUAGAGUAUCCACUCGGAGUAACUGACAAAGAAACAACUUCCUUGGCGGACUGCAUGGCGAACCAUCUACGUACGUAAUAUUUUGGAAUACAUAAACUAAAGUUUUUGCUAAAUUCGAAUCUAUUAUUCGAAUUUUAAUGGGAACAUCGUCACUUACUUGUCCGUUCUAUACGGUCUGCUUCUCGCUUUAACGUCUAAGGCUACAGCAUCGCUAAUUUCAUUUAUCAAUUCCUUUUCUAACCUUCUGACGAGAGCAACUGCUUCAUCGAACACAGAGCCUUCCACUUCGUCCAUAGUUUCGUUAAUAUCACUUCCUUCCGAUGUCGCUGAUUCGACCGCCUCAAAUUGUUUUUUAAAGAAAUACAGUUGCAAGAAAUGCUGCAAACACAGAUAAAUUAGUAAUGCGGCAAUUUGAUUGAUAAUUUGAUUAUUUCUCAAAUAUUUACCACUGUAACACCCCAUUCCUCUAAAACGGUCGCAACGUAAUGUAAAGUAUUGAGAAUCCACGGCAUAAGGGAUGUUAAAGGGUCUUCGUUGGUUUCGUGUAAUAACUGAAGUAGCCUUAUUCUCCAAUCGUCGAUCAAUUCUAAUUGCAGUUCAAGAAACUGUAAUCUGAAUAAUAACGUAAACGGUGAAAUCACUGGAAUUAUCAAUACCUUUAAUAACAUUACAUUACAUAUAUAAUUUACACACCUAUGACCUGGUUGCGGCAAGUGUUUGUAUCUAUCGGAUAUCGUUGUAAGAAGCGUAAGGAAAGCAUCCGCGCAUUCGGUUACUUUCAUAUCAUCGGUAUCAGAACUGGAUAAUUUUUCCCAAGCAGUACUUGAACUUAAAAUUGCAUCCAUUUUCUCGGUAGCAUCUGACAUUUUAGGACACCGAUGUUGAUAGCGAUUAAACGGUAGACAAUAAAUAGUAACAAAUAUUUUGUGUUCUUACAUUUCUUUUCCAUGUUAAUCCACUUUACGAAAACAUGGGCUUGGGUAAGGACGAAAACGGUGGCUGGUUGCGUUGGGGGAUAGAAUAAUGUUUCUCUCAAUUCUCUUUCGAAACCUAAAGCUUCGUCCACCAAAUGAGCGAAUAAGGCAUCAUCGUACUGCACUAUUGAUAAUUCCGAAUGAAGUUUUUCAACAGCCAAUUGUACCAAACUUUGCAUGAAUUCUACCUGCGUUACCUUCAUGUCUAUGUGACUGAAACCUAUUGAAUUUGCUACUGGUUGAACGUUUUUUUGUAUCCACUGAACAUGAUGUUUAAUCCAUGUUAAUAUUUGAGUAAAAAACCAUUCUGGUUUAUCUUGUCGGUUUGUUAAUUUAGUACCUGUGAAGUGAUAUAUAAACCUUUGUCUCAGAGGCCGUACCAGUAGCGAAAUUGGCAAACUCACUGGUGCAAAAUCUGUUAACAGCACUGAAGUGACCACUGGUUUAAUAGAUUCUUUUCUGCGACAGUCUAUUAAGGAGUAACUAUGUGUUUUGAUGUAAUAUAAAAAGUAUCGAUAAAGCGGAAACAAUCUUUUGAAUUAAAAAGGAUACGGUAAUUGUAAAUGUAAUAAAUAUUCGGUAAGUAUUUUAAAUUUAGUUAAAGUGUCUGUCAUAGAUGUGUUUAAAGAAUUUGAAUUAUUCCCACAAAAUGGCCAUUUUAAUGCUUUUAAUACAUCAUUGUAUUCUCUGAAAAAUAAAAGAAAUAUUAAACCUUCAUUUUUUAAACUGUACAUAGUAUGAAGGAUCUCAUAAAAAUGUAUUGAAAAUAUCCAUUUUGGUGUCGCAUAAAUACGUAAUAUAUAUUUCUAAGUAAAAUACCGUUUCAUGGAUUAUUUCUUAAUGUAUUUUCAUAUUUUCAGAGUAUUGAAAUUAUUCUGGAAAAAUGAUUUUAUAUAGAUGUGUACGCACGCGCGCGCGCAUAUAUACAUACAUAUAUACAUAUAUAAAUAUAAAAAAUGUAGAGAAUAAGAGAAUAUACUUGGAUAAUUUAUCCUUUAUGAGGUUGUGCCAAAAGUGAAGUGUUUCCCUUACAUAACUCACAAGGUGAUGACAGGCAGAUAAUUGCAAUUGACUACUAAUAUCUGUAAAAUUAGUAUACAAUGACACGGUUGAUUCAUCAUCGCCAGCUGCUAAUGCUAUUUGAAUCUUUUCGCUGAAAGCAAAAUCUCUGUUAAUUACAUAGAAUCAUGAAACAUAAGAAAUGUCAAUGUCAACGUCAAUGUACGAAUCAAUCAAUAACCGAAAAUAUGAAAUAAAUUUAUUUGACCUACACACUGAUGUAGAAUGUAGAUGAUGAAAUAAUAAAUAAUUUCCAAAGUAUCGCGUUUUAGGAAUGCCCAAAUUAUAGACCAAUUAUCAUUCAAACUCAAGGGAAUUGAUCGAAU